CAUUUAUGUUAUCGUGAUAUAAAUGUGAUAUACCAUAUUUUAUCUUGAUAAUGUCAAUUUAUCAUACAUAGCCUAUGUAUUUGUGUGACUUAUUGAAUUUGUGAGGACAGCAGCCAUCAUGGCGGAAACAAAGAUUUUAUACGCAAGCAUUUGUCUAUUUUUUGGAUUUCUAAUGUGUACAGUACAAAGUGCUAAGUUUGAAUUCCGUGAUGGACAACAAGCAUGUAUACUUUUAGAUAUAGAUGCAUCUUUUGACCUUUCGCAAGGAACAGAGAAAGCAGAUCCAUUUUCCAUUGAUGGUGCAAAUGUUACAGCAGGACAGAGUCUUUGUGGAACAGAAAUGACUACCGCGGUAUUGUCUCUUAAAUUAUUUCCGUCCGGAGAAUCAUUUAAGAUAAACUUCAGGAAAGAUUUGAAUUCAAGAACCGUUUCAAUGUCCACUGUGCUAAACAUUGAACCAAAGAAACAUUUCGAGAAUGCAAGUGAGAUUCUACCUUUCGAACUCGAGAAUAGCAUUGACUUGCCAAUUGGUAUGACUAACAUGUCAUAUAUAUGUAACUCAGAGCAGAAGAUGUUCUUUAAUCAGGAUCCUGGUUACUCUAUGACGAUGUCGAUUACAAACCUUCACGUCCAAGCGUAUGAUAUAGAAAACGGAGAGUUUAGUACAGCUUUGGAAUGCAGCCAAGAUGAUUUUACAUCCCCACCGACAACAGCACCACCUGAUGAACCGACUACAACAUCUAUAACACCAGAAACAACAACGCCAGAAACACCCAUUACCAUUGUACCAGAAACAACAACCCCAGAAGCACCUGUUACAUUGAUACCUGAGACAACAACUCAAGAAACGCCUGCAAGUCUCGAACCAGAAACUACAACAGUUAAUCCAAUUGAUAACUCUACCUCACCAGAACCGGAGACAAUGUCACCUUCAAAUGAACCAGAAACAACUACCGCAGAGGUCAUUGAAACCACUACACCGAUAAAAAUUCCAAAAUAUGAGGUGAAGGAUGGAGAUGUUGUCUGUAUUGUUGUUCAAGGAAAGAUAAGAUUUGAAAUUCAGUACGAGAGGAAUGACAACCAAAUGGGUACUUCAUCUAUUGACCUACCUAAAGAAGCAAAAGUGAGUGGGGCAUGCACGUACAAUGAAACAAAUACAACACAGGAAUUGAUUAUAACAUUUUUCAAUGACACAUGGAGUUUUACUGUACUUAUAGCAGAAGAUGCGGCGAACAUGUUAAAGAGAACCGGCCCUUAUUUACAAGACCUACAAGCUGAGACGUCAUAUUCGUGGCAAAACAUCGAAUUAAAAUAUGUCAUAGAUGAGCAAUUUGAUGAUCCAAAAACUCCUGGACAAAAGAAAAAUGUCACGAAAGAUGUCGCUGGAAACUUCAAAGCAAGUCCCGAGGGUUCUUACAGAUGCAAUACGGGGGAGACGAUACAAUUAGGAGAAGAUCUUUAUGUUGAUCUGACAGAAUUUCAGUAUAAGGCUUUCAACACAGACGAUUCUGGAGACUUUUCUAAUAAUGGUACGACUGCCUGUCCCGCGGACAACCCUGAUAAUGAUGGUGACGACGACGACGACACAGUUGCAAUUGUUUUAGGUUCAGUGUUUGGAGGAUUAGCGUUCAUUAUUUUAGUUGUCGCGAUUGGAGUCUGUGUCAGACGUAACCGAUACAAGAACUAUGAGGUCAUGUAAAUCAUCUUCCAACAGAUUUCUGAAGAUGAAUAAAAAGAGAGAAAAACAUCAUAAAAAAA